AGCGCUCGUGUACCGUUGGAUUUGUUUUGGUCCAGGAAGACUGAGCUUUGUCACUGGGAGCAAAUGUCUACCGCCAUACUCUGACUCUGGUUACACAUUUUUGACUGAUUAACGAAUCUCGUAGCAACUCCUCCUCCGACGUCUUUGUUCCGCCACCCCCCUUUCAGGGCCGUCGGCUGCCUCGUACCUCCGUUAUCGGACCCAAUAACCCGGCCCGCUAGUUAGCAAUAAAAGCUAACGAUUGCAAAAUUUCACCCAUGUCCUCUGAAGAAGGGCUGAGCUCAACGAUCACGGAUUGGCUUUUCCUCAAUUCUUGGUGGCUUCUUCUGCCAUUUGUCAUGCUGCUUGUGGUCGCCGCCUUCAUUGUGGCUUUUGUGUUGCUGUUGUACAUGAUAUCGCCUCUUAUAAGUCCCAAACCUCUGAAACUGAACGGGGCCCACGUCGUGGUGACUGGAGGCUCAAGUGGUAUUGGGAAAUGCAUUGCAAUUGAAUGCUACAGGCAAGGAGCAUUCAUCACUUUGGUGGCACGGGAUGAGGCUAAAUUGCUUCAAGCAAAGAAAGAGUUGGAGAAGUUUGCCAUCAAUGAUAAACAGGUGGUGCUCUGCAUAUCAGUGGAUAUUUCCAGUGAAUACAGCCAGGUGGAAAGUGUAAUAAAGCAGGCUCAAGAGAAGCUGGGGCCUGUUGAUAUGUUGGUCAACUGUGCUGGGAUGGCUGUUUCUGGAAGGUUUGAGGAAAUGGAAGUGGACCGUUUUAAAAAACUGAUGGAAGUGAACUACCUGGGCAGCGUUUACCCGACACGCGCCGUCAUAACCACCAUGAAGGAGCGGAGAAUGGGCCGCAUCAUGUUUGUGUCCUCUCAAGCAGGCCAGAUCGGCUUGUUUGGAUACACCGCCUACUCCCCAUCCAAGUUUGCCCUGCGUGGCUUAGCCGAAUCGCUGCAGAUGGAGAUAAAGCCGUACAAUAUCUAUGUGACGUUGGCCUUCCCCCCCGACACUGACACUCCAGGAUUGGCUGAGGAAAACAAGAACAAGCCCCUCGAGACCAAAUUGAUCUCAGAAACCUCUGGAGUUUGUCAACCGGACCAAGUGGCCAAAAUCAUCGUUCGUGACGCAGUGCAGGGGAACUUCAACAGCUCAGUGGGACCCGACGGUUACAUGCUGUCAGCGCUCACCUGUGGAAUGUCCCCGGUUACCUCCAUCACAGAGGGUCUCCAGCAGAUCGUUACCAUGGGAUUAUUUCGGACCAUCGCCCUCUUCUACCUGGGGAGUUUCGACAGCAUCGUGCGCCGCUGCAUGAUCCAGCGGGAACAGUCGAAAGCAGCUAAUAAGAGGGAGUAACAGCAGCCCAAUGCCCGUUCUCCUCCGCACCACUCCCCCCCCCGCCCCCCUCCCCCAGCUGUACAAAUGGCCAACUAUAGGUGGGAGAAAGAAGGCUGAGCUUUUGGUGCAUUUCCGAUAUCAGUAACGGUUGUGUGGGAAAAAAAGGGGCAGAUGUUUACGUGUUGCUUGUUCGGUGACAUAAUUCCUCUAUAGACCUCAUGUUAAUUAUUUUAGUCUACUCAGAGCAUUCCAGUGACUUUUCAGUUUCAACGUGUGCACCUGCUUCUUUUUGUGGAGGCAGCUCUACAUUGAGAGAAUGGGGGGCGGAUUAACAUCCCACCGUCUGGUUUUGAAGUAGGCAGCUUUGUGCACCACUGACUAGAUGUCAGGCCUCUGCUUGCACAGUGCCGUUUUUGUUUGUUUUUCUGCACAGAGAGGAAACGCUCCAGAUAGCCUGUCUGCCCAGUUGUGCAAACAACAAAAUGGCUUAACGUUGCUUCCCACCAGGGGCCACAGUGACAACCUGAAUGGUAAACUAGGUUUCGUCAUUUUGCUUCCAUGUAUCACAAAACCAGGUCCACCGUGCGUUUACUUUUAACAUAAAUAUAUAAGGCCCUUCUUCUCCACCUUUUCAUACAAGUCUUUGCUGGCAAAGCACCUAACUUUUUGAAGUGAACAACCGCUCUGUUGUGGAAUGUUUAGAUUGUUUGUGCUCUUUGAGAAAACCAAGCGUAGAUGUGCAGGGAUAUCCAAGAUACAGCUUUGAUGUUUGUUAUUCCAUUUUAUUUUCCGAAUGCAAAUACACAAGUUUAUAGGAAAGAAAAGGAUAAUGAUACAUUUUAGAUGCCGUAUGGGAGGAGAAUAUUUUUGAAUGUGUGUUUUGCACGGCAAAGCCACUAGAUUUUCAUUAUCUCGGGAUUGAAAUCAACAAAUGUGUCCCGUCUUAUUUAACUGAAAGCAGGUACUGUGGAGUCUGAAGCCAUGAAAUCUAACAAACAUAUUAUUUCUACAUGCAGUUAUUGGGUCUGUGCACAUUUUCAGCCCCCAAAAGCCAGUCAGGAUCCGAGUGGGACCCCUUAUUGGUUCUGGCGGUGUGAGUCGGGGCAGGGCGAGGCUCGCUGGUUCGAGUCAUGUCCCUGAAGGUCUAGUGGGGGCGCUAGAGAUUUGCUUUAGGCGAAGGCCGAAGCGGUAAAAAGACCCGUUCUCUCUGAUUUUGACUCGCUGUCAGCGUGUCACACACCUUUUGGGGCUCUGCAGCGCCUCAAAUGACACUCGUCUAUAUUCCCUCCCAGAAAGACCUUGUGACAACCACUCUGUACCAGAUGCUUUGCAUAUCGAGGGAGGAAAAGUGCUCCGUUGGCUCCUGCAAGUCUUCCUUUGGUCCGCCACAAACGGCGGGGGAGAAUGUACUUUCAUGCAAAUCAGAACCUAUUAUUUUAAGUAGACCAAUAUUUCAAUGCCAAAAUGUGUUAAGACAAUUGUCGUGUGAGGUUUCUUUCGAUGUCGCUGUUGGUUGGUUGAAAGCGGUGGAGCAGUGCGGGGACCCGUUCCAGCCUUAAGACGUGACUACUGAUGAAGCUAAUGCUAUAAGAACGGACCUGUCCACAGAACAUCGUGACUUAACCCUCGUGCGGUUUACCACUUCUUUUUAUUCUUAAUCCUUAAUACCCUUUCAGUGUAAAAUGCCAACUGUUUUUGAGUGGGGUUUUUUUUGUCCAUUUCCAGUGUUUGACAAAAAGAAGCCUUACAGAAAUCCAAGUCAUGAAAGUGAGAAUGGAUGACUCGCGUUUGAUGAAGUUCUCGUUUGAAGUUGGUUAAAGGCGUCCUGCACUCAAGAGCUUUUCAUAAUUGCGCAUUUAUUGCUUUCAAAAUGACCUUUUUGUCUUUUACCUUGAGGUAGUUGAUAGAACACGUAGCCCAUGUAAAGGCAGGCGUUUUUAUCUUUAAGCUAUGCAAAUGGAGCCUUUGCUUACCAGAUGUUUGAACAUAGUCCAGGUUUACGUUCUGUAACGGUCUAGUUUCCCGUAUUAAAUGGUGUCAUCAGUUACGUACGAGUAUUGAACAUGAAAGUCAGAGUGCACUCUUUUCAUUCCUUCUUGCUUUUUACUUGUUUUCUGCCAAAAAAAACAAAAAUCAGAACAUCUUCACCUUGUGUGCCAUUGAAAGAAAAUGUGAGAAGUGGAACGUUUCGUUGUCUUAUUUUCUUACAUGAUAAGAAAAAUAAAUAAAUACUCGUGAAUAAAACAG